ACAAACCAUUCAGGGACGCUAUCCAUCUUUCUCCUUCUUCACUCUCAAUCGUUUUCUCUCUCGCUAGCUCUACCUGUCUUGCUUGCACUCUUCGGUGACAGUUGAGCGAAAAGAAUUAUGUCUUCGCUAAGAUUAGCGACGCUUUUGUUUUCUGUUGUUCUUCUUUUUGCGUUCGUAAAUGCUGAAGAUCCUUACAGAUUCUUUGAAUGGAACGUUACUUACGGAGCGAUAUAUCCAGUUAGUAGUGCAUUUCCUCAACAGGUUAUAUUGAUAAACGGUCAAUUCCCUGGUCCUGACAUUCAUGCUGUUACAAAUGAUAAUUUGAUCAUUAACGUCUUCAACAACUUAGAUGAACCAUUCCUUUUCUCAUGGAAUGGAGUGAUGCAGAGGAGGAAUUCAUGGCAAGAUGGUGUUUACGGAACAAACUGUCCAAUUCUACCAGGCCAGAACUGGACGUACACUAUACAAGUGAAGGAUCAAAUCGGUAGUUUCUUCUACUAUCCUUCACUUUCUUUCCACAAAGCCGCUGGUGGAUUUGGUGGGAUAAGGAUUCUCAGCAGACCAAGAAUUCCAGUUCCUUUCCCUGAUCCAGCCGGUGAUCACACCGUUCUCAUUGGUGAUUGGUACAAUCUUAACCACACGAGAUUGAGAACCAUUCUUGAAAGCAAAAAGGCCCCUUUCCCAAGUGAUGUCCUCAUUAAUGGUAAAAAGUCCACUCCUGUGGGCAAUGCUGUCACUUACACUGUCCAACAAGGCAAGGCAUACAGGUUCAGGAUUUCCAAUGUGGGUUUACAGAAUUCACUCAACAUCAGGUUCCAAAACCACACCAUGACAUUAGUUGAAGUCGAAGGAACACACACAGUCCAGACAAAUUACACAUCGCUAGAUAUUCAUGUUGGCCAAUCUUACUCGGUUCUAGUAACAGCCGACCAACUUCCAAGAGACUAUUACAUGGUUGUGACUACACGAUUUUCAACCAUCCGCCUAGAAGCCACCGCGCUCUUUAGUUAUAGCAAUUCGAACGGGCAAAUAGCUGGGCCAGUGGCGCCAGUCGAAGGUGUUCCUGAUAAUUACGAUAUCGGUUUUUCACUCAAACAAGCCCUCUCCAUCAGGACUAAUUUGACUGCGAGUGGACCAAGGCCAAACCCACAAGGUUCAUACCACUAUGGAAUGAUUAAGAUAGCCAGAACUAUCAGACUUUCCAGUUCAGCAGCUCAAGUAAAUGGUAAACAGCGGUAUGCAAUCAACAGUGUCUCCUUCGUCCCAGCUGACACUCCUCUCAAACUUGCGGACAAAUUCAAGAUCCCAGGUGUUUUUACACUUGGUAGCAUUCCAGACAGCCCUUCUGGCAGGUCAAUGUACCUUGACACAUCUGUAAUGGCAGCUGAUUUUAGAGAUUUUGUUGAAAUCAUAUUCGAAAACCCAGAAAACAUGGUCCAAAGUUUUCACGUUGCUGGAUAUUCAUUCUUCGUAGUCGGUAUGGAUGGAGGAGUUUGGUCAGAAUCAAAGAGAGAACGGUAUAACCUGGCAGAUGCAGUUGCACGUUGCACUAUUCAGGUAUAUCCCCAAUCGUGGACGGCAAUUUAUGUGCCACUUGAUAAUGUGGGUAUGUGGAAUAUAAGGUCUGAGUUCUGGGCACGUCAAUACCUUGGACAGCAAUUCUAUCUUCGAGUUUAUUCGCCAGUUGAAUCAGUUAGGGAUGAAAAAGUUAUCCCACCAAAUGCACUUCUUUGUGGUAGGGCAUCAGUGUUUGCACCCCCUCCUCCACCAGCAGUUGCACCGGUAGUUCCACCGGCAGUUGCACCUGCAGUUUCAUCCAUAUCUGCUGCACCAACAGUUGCACCGGUAGCUUCACCCCCUCGUUAAGCUGCCACUACAGACUUACAGUACAGUAGUUGGAGGAGAUAAAUAUAAAUAGUCUUGGAAUUCAAAAUUUGUGGAAAGUACAAUAUGAAUUUAUGAGUUUUAUGUACUUGGUUUGAUUUUGGUGCUCACUCAGCACCAAUGAGCCAAGAUAUAGAUUGACCUUAUAUUGGGGUCACCAUUCUUUUCUUUGUUAUUGCAGUCAUUGUAGUUUUCAGAUUCUCUGAUUUGUAAGUGUCUAUUGAAAUUCUUUAUCAUAAAAUAACAAAAGUAUUCAUUGAGUA